AUGUCAGGGUCGUUGGAAGUUAAAGAUGACAGCCACGGCACCUUCUCGUCGUGUGGAUCAUCGGCCCCGGAACCUACUGCGAACCAGACAGAAGCUGACUCCGAACAAUCUGAAGUCAUGACGGACUCCCCAGUCUUGGAGGCCUUUCCAUCUACAUCAUCGUCAUCACUUCCGGCGACGUCAACGACAACUGAUGCGCUACUUCCAAGGUUGCGACCAACAGCUCCCGUCCAUUGCGUGGUACCCAAUUGCUGCGACUUCUUCACGUCUCCUCACCCUCAUUAUCCUAAGGAAGUCGUUGGCAUGACAAAAUCUGAAGAGUGCUCGCACGAAGUCGCGGAUCCAGCUGAUCCUGCUAUCCCAGAUACCAUCAGCGAUGUUCUCGACAACGAACGAGGUACUAUUGAAAGAGAUGUUGCUGCUGCUGCUGCUGUCUCCAGUGACACAAGCGCGUCUCAACCUGGCGACGAGUUUGAGAUGUGGGAUUAUGUCUGUCCACAGUACGCUCGCCGUUUCUACGCGAGCGAGUGGGUCUAG